UGGAGUCGGGCGCCGGCGAUUCCCCGCGGGUUGACAGGGGAUAUGGGCUUCCCGGGUUCGCCGGCGUGCGUGGUCUGGUUGCUCAAGGAGGGCCAUGAGGAUGUUCGAAAGAGCGUGUUCAACGGGGUCUUGGGCGCCUUGCACUUCGUCAUGGGGAGCAGAAAUUGGUGCGUCGUCUUCCUCGAGCUGCUUCUCGCGCGAAGGUUCGACGAGCUCCAGGUCAUCGUCCAUGUCGCGUGCACAGGGGGCGAGGUCUCCCUUCUGGACGUCGCGAAUGGUGAAUGCGGGGUGAAUUCUCUAAAGAAACUCUUCGGGGCGGUGAGGCUGCACGCCGAACUGCGCCAGCAUCUCAUCAAUCACCUCCUGGACGAAGGCCUGUUCCAUCACAGGAAAGGCCCGGAUCUGCUUCGCAGUAUCUUCACCACGUUUACGUUCCCUUGCAAGGAUUCUUCGAUUGUCAUCCGGCAUGCCUUAAACAACUUCAUUGGUGUGCUCUCGUCCACGUUUGGGUCGAAGUCCAUGGUGAAAUGCUUCAAAGCCGCGACAAACCCCGAGCUCCAGGACUUCGAGAAGAUCAUCUUGAGCCACACCGUUCAAAUCGCCAAAGGAGAAUUCAGCAACUACUUCUUGCAGAAAGUCCUCCAGCAUGGCGGCGAACGACUGAGGCUGAACAUCACGGACUGCGUCGUAGAGCACCUGGUGAGCCUGUCCUUGGACCGGUACGGGACCCACGUGGUGCAGGCGUGCUUCCCCCGGACGGCGUCGGGCGGCCUGCCGCUGCUGGUACGACUACGACUACGACCCGCGCUCGAGAAAUUCCGGCGCCUGUCCGACGAGCAGCUCGCUCAACUGGUGCAGGACUGCUAUGCCAACUACGUCGUCCGCGAGCUGCUCCUGGCCGGCAAAGGCGGCUCCCCGGAGGAGACGGUGGCGCUGGCGCGGAGGAUCAAGAAGCUGCCGGUGGCGGGCUGGGAACACAUAGACCAAGCCGUGAGGCGGGUGAUGGUGGUCGUCAGGAUGGUGCUCCCCUAGUCCAGCGUCUGCACUAUCCGGUUUUGUUCUGUUCAUAGUGAUAGUCUGAUAGAGGCAUAGAGCGCACCAUGAGGCGUGCAAGUACGUAGCUAGCCUAAUGGUCUUCCAACUGUCUGUCAGUCAUGUUGCCCAAGGGGCAUGGAUGUGCCAGGCCGUGCUACAAAGCGGCGCAGCAUGCCGUCUGUGAA